AGAUGGAGCAGCUGUAAAACACAUGUAGAGAGAUGUGAAAGUCAGAGGCCUACAAAACAGAGCCACGGCUGAGUUUAUACUCACCAACAGUCAUAUUUUUCAACAACAUACAUUGAUUAAAAAUCAGGUAUUUAGUAGCUACAAUUCCCAUUACAGUUAAGAUCAAAUAUAGAGCAAGUUAUAAUCGUUUUUAAAUGAAUUUGCACAGUUUUAAAAGUAUAACCUUGAGGCAGGAUCCCCAGACCUAUCCCAAAACAUCUUCUAGUAAUUUAGAUCAUUGUAAAUUUGAGCUACUAAGGUACAAGCUACGUUAUUAUGUAUUUAUUUAUUCAUUCAUGUACAUAUUUACAGUAGUCGAUUUUAUUUUUAUUUUAUCUCGUUUUAUUUUGGAAGUCUUCGCGUCGCCUAGGAGACAGGAAGCCGCCCUUGGAAACGGACGGAGCUGGCAGCAUCACCGUGUUAUCUUCACCAGCACGGAAAUGUCUCCUGGGUGGAUCGCCCUUCCUCUGUCCGCCCUGUGAAGGCUUAGCUUAGGAUAGGUGAGCCACAACGGUGCAACAGGCAGGAUCAACUCAGCGUCACUUUUCUGCUCUCCCUCGCCAGAGUAAAAGCCACUGAGUACCCUCGCAGUAGCAGGAGGAUAGAGCAGAGGAGCAGGCCGUUAAAUCGUUGAUCUGUGGCGGGAUGUUGCUGUGCUUACAAUGACCGACUGUUGGACUGUGUGGGACUGUCAAGGCUCCCUGGUGAAGGAGAGGCACGGCUCUCUGUGGAUGAUGAACCGCUACACCACUCUGAAGCAGCUGGGGGACGGCACGUACGGCAGCGUGCUCCUGGGCAAGAGCAACGAGACCGGGGAGCUGGUGGCCAUAAAGAGGAUGAAGAGGAAGUUUUAUUCUUGGGAUGAAUGCCUGAAUCUGAGAGAAGUGAAGUCUCUGAAGAAGCUGAACCAUGCCAACGUGGUGAAACUGAAGGAGGUCAUCAGGGAAAACGACUACCUCUACUUCGUCUUCGAGUACAUGAAGGAGAACCUCUAUCAGCUCAUGAAAGAAAGAAACAAGUUGUUCCCUGAGUCAGUCGUCAGAAACAUGACAUUUCAGAUAUUACAGGGACUGUCCUUUAUUCAUCAACAUGGGUAUUUCCAUCGCGAUAUGAAACCGGAGAACUUGCUCUGCAUGGGCCCAGAGCUGGUUAAGAUUGCGGAUUUUGGACUAGCGAGAGAAAUCCGCUCCCAGCCGCCUUAUACCGAUUAUGUGUCCACGAGAUGGUACCGAGCCCCGGAGGUUCUGCUCAAGUCCAGCUCCUACAGCUCACCCAUCGACAUCUGGGCUGUGGGCUGCAUCAUGGCUGAGCUCUACACCCUCAGACCCCUGUUCCCCGGCAACAGCGAGGUGGACGAGAUCUUCAAGAUCUGCCAGGUGCUGGGAACGCUGAAGAAGUCGGACUGGCCCGAGGGCUACAACCUGGCCGUCUCGAUGAACUUCCGUUUCCCAAAGUGCGUCCCCACCAGCCUCAGAUCCCUGAUCCCCAACGCCAGCGACGAGGCGAUCGCGCUGAUGAAAGACAUGCUGCAGUGGGAUCCUGAGAAAAGACCAAGCGCUGCUCAGGCUCUGCGGUAUCCGUACUUCCAUGUCGGCCAGGCGCUCGGCGCUCCUUUGAAGUACAUGGAGCAGAACAAGGCUCAGGCAAAGGUGUCUGAGGUGGCUACAGACCCGAAGCCUCUCUCUCUCUGUAAGACAGAACUGGAGUCCAGAGAGCCGAGUGAGACCCAGGCAGAGCCUCAGGCCUCCAGCCAAUCUCUAUACCAGCCUCUACAGGAGAUCCGCCUUCCUCAGGACAACGUGGAGCCAAGCACAGAACUGGCAGCAGAGGGGCAACAGGAACCUCUCAGCCUGGUGAAAAACAAGCAGCCGAUGAGCUGGCACACUCGAGGAGCAGCCAUCGGAGCAGAGAACAGUGCAUCUGGAGUCAGGACGGGGCGGAGACGAUGGGGCCAGACGUCUUUCAAGUCAGUCGACAGCUGGGACGACGGUGACGACGCAGGAGCUUCCAUCUCCAAGAAACCCACCAUCAGCUCUCUGAAAGACCAGACACUGGAUGGACACAGCUGUCGAUUUCCAGAGUCAAAGAACAACACAGGAGUAAAGUUACUAAGUAACACCGGGCUAAACAGAACUGACCCCACCACCCUGUCUGCCAAGCAGCACUACCUCCGCCAGUCCAGAUACCUGCCAGGUGUAAAUCCAAAAAGCAGCUCGUCAGUCAGAAGCCAGGUGUCCGGCAGAAACCUGUGGGACAGUUCCUGUUUGAACAGAGGACAGGGGCUGGAGUUCCCUCUGAGUAAAGACUCUAGUCUUCCUAAACUAACAGAUAAGCAGCCUCUAAAGGAAAAGACCCUGGAGGAUCUCAAUCUCUCCAAAGAUUCCUUCAUGAGCAACAACAACAACAACCUAACAACCAAGACAUAUAUGUCACCUUUUCAGAAGACCGAAACAGGAGCAGCCCGACAGAGGAUCACACUGGCACCGAUCGGAGCCUCCUCUGCCGUUGAUCUGUCCCCAGCUGCUGAUCUAAGAACUGGCUCUAAAAUCAAAACCUGUAAGAACAAGAUCUCUUUAAAUAAACCAGCGUCCUCAAAUGAAGAGCAUGACGGAUGGAGGAGCAGAUCUCUGAAUCCUCACAUCCUUGGAUCCAGCAGCAGCUCUACAGGGAAGAAAACCCUCUCACGGAGCAUCCAGCCGGUGCACGGACGAGUGGACUGGACCGCCAAAUAUGGAGGACAGCGGUAGCCCAGCAUCACGCUCUGGACCACCGGUGACUCCCACUGCAUGUUAACCAGGAGACAUGGACUCUGUGCAGUGACACUUCCUGCUGCUCUGUUGUCACAUUUGCCAUACUAUUAAAUAUAGUUCAGUGUUGUA